UUUAAUUCGCCGUGUGAGCAUCCUUAUUGCUUCCGCGGUCUAGUAGUACUUAGUUUCCCCACAAUGACAUCGCCCACACUACAAGCGACAACCGCAACUGUCUUAUCAUCCAGCUAUGAAGCCAGAAGUCCCGAAUCUCCAAAACAGACCUUUCGUGACUCAUGGAGCUGGAGGCCCAACGUAUACUGUUCGCUCGAGGUUCAACAGAUCGUUCGUUGCCGUUCUUCCAUUAGCCUUUGCUGUCUUGGGAUACGUUACAUACGUCGCCUACCGUCACGAUACCCACUACCGUGCUCCUCUUGUUACACUGGACAACCGAGUUGCUAAACUCCCUGUGAUGGGUUAUAACACUUGGAACGCAUACCAUUGUGACAUAGAUGAAGGCCUCAUCUUGCAAACCGCACAGCUUAUGAAAUCACUCAACUUAGCGGACGCUGGGUACACUCAUGUCAACAUUGAUGAUUGUUAUUCAGAAAGAAGCAGAAACGAUGAUGGAGAUAUCAUUGAAGACGCAACGAAGUUUCCAUCUGGAAUGAAGGCCCUCACAGACAAAAUUCACAACCUUGGACUGCAAGCUGGCAUUUACAGUGAUUCGGGCUGGUUCACAUGCCAGCUGUACCCUGGCUCAUACCAGAACGAGGCAAGAGAUGCAAAACGCUUCCAUGACUGGGGUUUCGACUAUCUCAAAUAUGAUAAUUGCGCUGUUCCGUUCGACAAUAUCACUCGGGAAAAUAUCAUGGGAAGAUACGAACGUAUGGCAAACGCCAUUGCUGAUUUUUCACUGUCGUCUGGAACACCGCCCUUAAUUUUGUCCAUGUGCCAAUGGGGAAGGGAGCAAGGCUGGACCUGGGCCCGCAGAUACGGGCAAAGUUGGAGGACGACCGACGAUAUUGACCCGAACUGGCAAUCAAUUGUCAAAAUAUUAAACCAGAACUCGUUCUAUACUUGGGCAACUGAUUUCUAUGGCCAUAAUGACAUGGAUAUCCUUGAAGUUGGUAAUGGCCCCCUAACAUACGAAGAAGCGAAGUCCCAUUUCACUGCGUGGGCGCUCUUGAAGUCACCUCUACUUAUCGGCACUGAUCUCGCUUCUGCUACCAAAGAAACUCUUGAGAUUCUGACCAAUCCAGAAAUCAUUGCGAUUCAUCAAGACUCGGUUGUAGGCACUAGCAUCUCACCUUUCCGAUGGGGCAUCAAUCCUGAUUGGGUCAGCAACAACACACAUCCUGCACAAUACUGGAGCGGGGAGAGCCAGAACGGGACAGUAUUUAUGCUCUUGAACACGCUGGAUGAGCCCGCCGACAUGUUCUUCAAACUGGCUGAAUCUCCGUGGAUCCGAGCUGGCAGACAAUACUCUGUCCGGGACCUUUGGACUCAUACAGACAACGGCACUGCAGUUCGCAACUUUACAGCGCACGCUGUUCCACCGCACGGUGUCGUGGCCUUGCUCCUUCAAGAUGCGGGCGACGAGCCGGAUGACCUAUGGCCGCCCUGUGCUGUGUUGGAAUGGUGCAUGCAUUCUAACGGGACUCGCAUCGACUAAUGAAGGCUGGGGACUUUUUCCAAGUGAUGUACAUAAAUCUUGUAUCACCAUUAUCUAUUGACAGCAUUUCAUCGGAGCUUGUAUGAAUAGAUGACGACAGGAUUGUCUUUCGUUUCACGCUCAGGUUAUUGUUGUCCGCAUCUCUUCCGAGCAGCGAGC